CGUCAGCAAGACGAGACGCUCUGGCGCACCGCUGCGGGCCGCCGGGGGUCAUUGUCAGGCGGCGAUAAUUUUUAUCUGAAAGCCACGAUCAUUCGGGACUCCGCGGUCCGUUUUUCGUCGCACGCACGAGAGCCUGUGGGCGGUUCGCGCCCAGCGGAGCCAGUCAGCCUGCAGAGAAGAGCCGGCGCAGCCUCGAUAAAGCCGCCUUUCGAGACACCCACGGAGCCAGUGCACGAAACCCGUCCCAGACGCGAGUGAACUUGCCAGACGGGCGCCAUGAACGCGGCGCCGUUGAGCGCGCUGCUCUUGCUGCUCUGCUCUGUCCAGCACGCGGCGACGGACUGCGUCUUCCGGGGCCACUGCGCCAACGACGACGACACGGGCAAGGCCAUUCCCUGCGCAGUGCGGCAGAAACCCGCACCCAUGGGCGACGACUCGUCGUGGCGGCUCUUCUCCGACGUUUGCCCGCAGCUUGCCGCCGAAGUGAAGGCUGACCGCGCCGUGUGCUGCGACGUCUCCCAGGUGCAAGACCUCGCCCGCGAACUCGAGCAGCCUGCGAGCCUCGGCAUGACCAAAUGCCCCGCCUGCAUGCUCAACUUCAAAGACCUGCUGUGCCGCAUGACGUGCUCCCCGAACCAGUCGCAGUUUCUGGCGGUCAAUGCCACGGCCAAGACUGGCUCCCGUCCGCACGUCGCCGAAAUGGUGUACGCCCUGCGGCCCGAUUACGCCCAGGGCGUCUACGACUCGUGCAAGGACGUGCGCAGUGUGGUGCUCGGCAUAAAGCUCAUGACGCUCAUGUGCGGCGGCCGCGUUCUCGGCUGCUCGCCUCAGAAGUGGCUCGACUUCCUUGGCUCCACGUCGGCCGAGGGCGGCUACUCGCCCUUCAAGAUCCACCACGUCAUCACCGAGCGACCGGUCGCUCCCCUCGGCCGGCCCUUGACGCCCCUCGUGGCGCCCUUCCUGAUGCCCUGCUAGGGAGGCCCUCCGGACUCCUUUGUACAUCACUCGCUUUUAGUACUGUAACAUUAAGGAAAUUUAAUAAACGGUGUUUUAUAGCA